GUAAACUUGUGAGGCUUAAAUAAAUUUAAUUUAAUUGUUAAAAUAAAUCUACCAAUUUAUGUAUAUUCUGCAAAACCAAAGCCAUUUGUAAGGUUAAGAUUGUCAAUAAAAUAUCUUUCGUCCUUCGAUAUAUUUUUAUUAAUCGAUAAUUUGAAAUUAUCAAUUGUAAAUAAACUUCCGUGUAUUCGGUGAAUUCGAUUGAAUAUUGAGCAAUUAUUAAUAAUUAUCGAUCGUAUAUUGUUCAUGAAUUACAUUCGCUAUUUUUGUUAUUGAAAAGACGUGUCAUCGUGAAAAACAGUUAACAAUUCAGGGAAUUCAUAUUCAAACUAUAGUCGGGUCAUACGCAGUUGUCGGGGCGACCAAUCAGUUCAAACUUCUGGGCGGGAACAUUUGCAAUCGACCAAUCAGAAUCGAGGGCGGGAGAGAGGGCUUAGCUAGCAUAUAAACGCGGGAACACAACUGUUCACGCUUAGAAGAGCUCCAGUUGCUGUCGGUUGUGUUUAGAAACAUCUGCUCUCACAAACAAAUAACCAUGUCAGAUAUUGGAGUUGUCGAAGACCCUACUGAAAUCAGGUGCAAGGAGCAAUCUAAGGGAGGUCUGAAGUUUGAUGUGAUCAUUGCAGAUCCAGCAAUCCCUCCCCCAAAGAGGCCCGGUUCUCCCAACAAUAAGACCACCUCGGCUGAAAAUAUUGAGGGCAAGCUCAAGGCAGCUGAGGAGAGGAGGCUUAGUUUGGAAGCCAAUAAAAUGGCCACAUUGGCUGCACAGCUAUCGAAAAUCGAAGAAGCUUCAAAAAAGAAGGAUGAACAAAAUUCUGUGUUCAUCAAUCAGACAAAAGAAGCGCUUGAACAAAAGAUGGAAACCCAUAUAGAAAAACGUGAACAGUAUAUAUCGGAAAUCAAAACAAAACUUAAAGAUCAUUUGGAAGGAGUAGAGAAAAGUCGUCAACUCCUCGAGCAACAGACACAGGAUGUUCGUACUGCAGUAGAAGAGAAAUUGAAAUCCGCUGCUGCACAUCGUGAUGAAAAUAUCAAAAAAAUCCUUGAUAGGCUCAAAGAACAUGAGGAUCAAGUUAAAAAAAUCAGAUCCAACUGGCAAGAAAAAAUCAAUUCGCUAGAAGCACAAUUGCAAAGCAAAAUGGAUUCUGCUAUCAUUCGUAAACAACAAAUUGAAGCUGAACAGAGGGAAAAAUUGCGCACGCUUAAUAAUUUGAAGUUUAUGAAAAUUAAUGAAUUGAAGCUAACCUUAGAAGAUAUGGAAAAACAAAGUGAAAAAGUUAAGGAAAUUCAAGAAAAAAUAGAAUAUGCGGGAAGUAAGCGUGAACAAGAAAUAGCCAAAAAACUAGAACCAAUAAAAAAGAAUGAGAAACGGGCUGAAAUGGUCCGCCAAAACAAAGAGAGACUCUCUCAGUGCGAACCAGAGAUCGUUUCCUCAGCUUAAUUUUUAUUCACCACUUAGCGUCACUCAACAUCAUCGAUGUACAUCUCCUUUCUUAAAUAUUAAAGAAACAAAAAGUUUUCAUGCCAUAUUUCUUUUAUUGUUUCAAGAUAUUUUCAAAAUCCUGUUAGACUUUAUUUCUUUUUUUCAGUUUUAGGUUACUAGUCAGUUUUAGUUUAUGCAACUGCGAAAGCAUAUCGCUUUAAUGAUUCGUUUUUCCAUUUGACUGAGGAUAAACGAUAUACAAUUAUAGAAGAGAUAUAUUUAGUAGGGUCUUUCACAUCGCCACAGGGUUGGGUUGUAAGCACUAAGUAAGUACAUCGAGAUUCACACUGCCCAUUCCUAAAUAAAAAAAAAAUGAAGAGAAAUGUGAUCUAGUAGGGUCCAGUUUAAUGUGUUUUCAAUUUUCCUUUGUGUGUUUAUUUUGAUUUUUAUUUCUGAUGGAGCUUUGAUUAUAAUGAAUAUAUAUAUAUUUUUUUUAUUUUAUUUUUUAAAUGUAGUAUACUUAUUUUAAGAUUCCUAUAUUUUCUUGUAUUUUUUGUUUCUUUUGUAAUGAUUUGGAUAAAUUUAGAAUUGUUAUAUCAAGAAUCAUGUUUUUUAACAUCAACAACUGAUGAUUGAUGCUCAGGAAUAUGGCUCCUAAUAUUUCACGUUGAAGCCUUAUAGACUGAUAUCGGUAUUGUCUUUUGUUAAAUAUAUAUAUACGCUGUUAAAGGAAAGUGCUGAUUAAUGUAAUAAUUAUUUAGUAAUGAUAAACAUUAGGAUCCAGGCAUCCCCUUAGUUUUAUACAUUUCUUUAAUAAUUUUUGUUGUUAAUGAAUAUUUUUUUUAAAUGUAAUAAAAUGGCAGAUUCCUGUGGAUAUUAAAAUAAAUGAAAGUAUAAUUAAGCUGUAUUGAUGAUUAGCUUUUCUUCUUUUUUUUUUCUUUCUAAAAGAAAAUCAGAACAUUAAUAAAAGCCUCCCGUGUUUGUUUUUAAAAUCAUUAAAUUGUAUCACCUUAGGUUAAGACAAAAGAAUUUCAAUUAUUGUUUUGUAUGGGAGCAGUGAUAUAAUUUUAUUUUAUUAUUUUCUAUUUUCCAAAGAAACAUAUUUGUUUUUCAUUAUAUUUAGUUUGCUAUAUUUGUCAUAACACUUAUAAUUGUGUGGCAAAAAUCAUUAUUAUUUUUAAUUGUCAGUUGUAUAUUUCUUUUUUUUAUAAUUUGUUAUACAUUCUUAAUGUUUGAUAAUGCUAUUGCCUUGUGUAUUUUAUAUUGUAUGUUUCGCUUUGCCUUACAAAAUGCCUUAAGCCUAAUUGUAAAUUAUAAUUAUAUCAUAUAAAGGUAUAAAAGCUUUUUAUGAGUGUAUUUUUAAUAUGAAAAUAAUUCCUUUAUGCCUCCUAGUUAAUAUGUAGUUCAUAUUCAUAGUAAGUAUUAAAAAGAAAGAAAACUAA